AUGGAUUCCUACACAGUUUCAGCAAUAACCCUACUCCUACUCCUUCUCAUUCCAAUUCUGAUCCCUCGCUUCAGACCUGCCAACCCAAUUCACAAGUUCCUCAAAUGGCCUCGCAAACAAUCAAGCGAGAUAACCUCGCUACGCAUGUAUCCCAUUAAAUCAUGCCGAGGCCUCGAAGUCACCCAAACAGUUUUGAAAAGCCACGGUCUCGACCUCGACCGUCGCUGGAUGCUCAUAGACUCAUCCACAAACGAAUUCUUGACCAUCCGCCAAAUCCCGAACAUGACCCGCAUCGGCACAGCACUAAGUCCAGAUGGCCAUGAAUUAAUCAUUACAAUUCCCAAGAGCCAGGAUAUGGAAGCUGAAUUGCACAAGAUUUCCAUCCCAUCCCACCCAUCCCCGGACUGGCUCGCUGAAAAUACCUCCCUCGGCCCCGUCUGCAUCUGGGAUGUUGAUACAGACGGAUACCGCUACAGUGAAGCGAUCAACGCGCCCUUUUCGGGAUUCCUGGGUCGUGAGGUCGCACUUGUCUACAAGGGUCCCACGCCGCGUGUGCUAAAAGGUAACGGAGACCCUAGUGUUCUGGGUCGUGUUCAGACAACGGGGUUCCCGGAUGUUCAUCCCGUGCUCAUUGCAUCGGAGAGCUCCCUGCAUGAGCUUAAUAAGCGCCUGGAGCAGAAAGGUGUGGAUCCGAUUACUGUUGAGCGGUUCCGACCGAAUAUCGUUGUUCGUGGUGGGAAGGCGUGGAGUGAGGAUUCGUGGAAGUUAGUGCGGAUCACGGGUGCAUCAGGUUCUGGAUCUGAGCUGGAGAAGCCGCUGGAUUUGGAUAUUGUUGCUCGGUGUGCGCGCUGUCAGGUGCCGAAUGUGGAGCCGAGUACGGCGAUUAAGCAUAAGAAGCAGCCUUGGGAUAUGCUGGUGUCGUAUCGGAGGGUUGAUGAGGGGAUCAAGUUCAAGCCUUGCUUUGGAAUGCUGAGUGCGCCGCGGAAUGAGGGGGUUAUUGGGGUGGGAAUGAGGUUGGAGGUCUUGGAGGAGACUAAUGAUCAUCGUUAUAUGGCUGGAUUUUAG